AAAGCAUCUUUUUUCUCUUACCGAUUUGACAUUGUGUUAGUUACAUAAAUCUUAUGAGAAGGGAAAAACCUAGAUCUGGAGUCUAUUGAUUACAUAUAUAUUUUAAACGCCGUUUACUUGUAUGAUUUGAUUUUCUUAUGAGACCUUCACGAUUUUCUCCCUACGGGACGUACUCUGGUGGUUUUUGUUUUUUGUUUUUUUGGGCGGGAAAAUGAUAAAUCGUUGAAUUUUAUCAUACAAACGUCUCUCCGUUGUGUGCUUCGAGGGGUACGUUAUCUCUUUUUUUAAUCACGAAAGAUAAUAUUAUCUUUUGAGAUUUUUACUUGCUUUCAUAGAAGAAGCCUAGUAUAUUCCAAUUUCCAAGUGUAGUAAAAGAAAAGAUUUUAUGACAUGUUAGGAUGUAAGAAAUUUCUUUCUAAUCCAAUAAAUUAUGCACCUUAAAGUACCAAGUUUACAGUUGUCUUCUCAUAACACUCAGAGCUGUUUACUUUAAGAUACACGUGAACAUCAUUCAAUAACUACCAGCCUUUAAAGUGUAUAUGCCAUUAUCUAGGCUUAAAAGUUACUGAUUCUAAAGACAGAGAGAAAACAGUUUGGGGUGCGCUACCUCAGACAGAGCUCUCUUGUGUUAGCCUUCCCCUCCGGAGAUGGGAGCAUUCUUCUAUUUUGAAAUCUUUCUAAGUAUCUUGGUCAGGUUGACUAUAAUAAGCCUAUACAAUACCAAAGUCAUAAAUGAGCUUACAGUUAGCUACUAUUGGAAGAACACUUGUGAAUAUGUCUCGGCGUUUGGAGAGGGAGGAUAUAAGUUAAGAAAGUAUAUUCUUGGGUAUGGUUUGGUGCACAUCGCUGCUGGAGAUUUACUUAGGGCAGAAGUCAAUAGUGGCAGCAAAAAUGGGAAGCUGGCGAAAGAGUACAUGGAGAAAGGACAAUUAGUCCCUAAUGAUAUAGUCGUGCUGAUGGUAAAGGAACGGCUGUUGCAACCUGAUUCUCAAGAGAAUGGUUGGCUCUUGGAUGGUUAUCCUAGGAGUUAUUCUCAAGCAAUUGCUCUUAAGGAACUUGGCUUUGAGCCUGAUCUUUUCAUUCUUCUUGAAGUCUCUGAAGAAAUUCUUGUCGAGAGAGUUGUUGGAAGAAGAUUAGAUCCCGUUACUGGUAAGAUAUAUCACUUGAAGUAUUCUCCUCCUGACACUGAAGAGGUUGCUGCUAGACUCACACAGCGGUUUGAUGACACUGAAGAAAAGGUGAGGUUAAGGUUGCAAACUCAUCACCAGAAUGUGGAGGAUGUUCUUUCAAUGUAUCAAGAUGUGACAGUUAAGGUAAAUGGAAAUGCUUCAAAGACCGAUGUAUUUGAUCAAAUAGAUAGACUGCUAAGAGGACUUAUAGAGCAACGGAAGGCUGCUAUAGAAUCUCUGGCUGCAUAGAUAACUCUGCAGCAUGGAUAGGUGAAGGUCCCUUUUAAGUAUUGUGAGAUUACAUUCUCAUAAAAUGGAAAUUUUGUUAUUAUUUAUUCUUUCUAUCGGUGGGUAGGGAAGAUAGCCCCUAUCUAUUAUUUUACAUUUUUAUUAUGGCUCUGUACAGAAGCAAUAAACGUAUGAAAAUAUCAUUAUGUAGUUAAGGGGUGGCUUGAGACGAGAAAAGCUUGUCCUACAUUUAUUUUCUACUUACUCUAUUCAGCAAUAUCAAUUGAAUGAUUGAAUGAAUUGAAAUUCCAAGGAAGAGUGAUA